AUGUACAAAGUCAAGGAAUCUAAGGAGAAAGGAAGGAAAGGAAGACAAGGAAUGGAAAGAAUGGAGAAAGGAGAACUCAUUGGUGAUAUAGAAAAAGGCAAGUUUAUCGAAGAGAGACCAGUGAUGUGUUACGUCGCCUGCGUAUAUCAAACUACUCAAAUUAUCAAAAACAACAAAAUAAAUUACGACGCAGCCGUGAAGCAAGUGAAAAUGAAUUAUCCGGAGGAUAUGAAAGAGGCAAUGUUGACGACUCUGGAAAAUUGCAGAAAUACUCCGAAGAAAUACAAGGACCUAUGCGAAUCAGCUUAUUGGACGGCCAAAUGUAUUUACGAAGAUAAUCCACCGAAUUUCUUGUUCGCUUGA